AUGGCUUCAGGAUACGGACUUGCUGGUGGCCCAUCCCGCUGCUUCCCCUUCUGGCAAGAAGUCCUCGCAUGCUACACGACCAACACAAACGCCGAGGACGACUCUGGCAAGGCAAAAUGCGCCCCCGUCCUUGAGGACUACUACGAGUGCCUUCACCACAAGAAGGAGACCAAAUUACCAAAGCUGACAACGCAAUACCAGGCUGCCCGUACCCUCGCCCUGCAAGCCGCGUACCGCAAAGCCGAAGCCAACAUAAAACGCGACGACGCACCGUCCGCGGGCGAGAUAAGGCGAUUGGGCGUGUUGGAUGCGCCGCUUGAGGAGAAGAAUCUCAAGCCUAGCAAGUGGUUCCCUCAUAAGGAGAUCAACUAG